AUGGAGUUCGACGGUUUCGUGCACGCCGUAAGCGCCGACGACGAGCUGCGGCCCGGGCAGCUCUACUUCCUCCUGCCGAUCUCCAUGCUGCAGCGGCCGCUCAGUAAGGAGGAGGUGGCGGCGCUUGCCGUCAGAGCCAGCGCCGCCCUCCUCGUAGCCCGGCGUGGUGCCCGGGAGAGGUGCGUGCCGCCGCUGGUGUUCCACCCGGCACUGCGCACCGUGGCCGCCGCCGUUGGCGCAAGCGGUAGUUGGCGGAUGAUGGGAGGAGGGAAGAAAAGAGUUAAUUCAAAGGGGAAGCGACAAAGGCUUGAGGAGAGGAAAACAAUGGCUAAAAGGAAAUACAAACAUAAAGAUUAG